CCUGCGCCUCCCUUCGGCUGCCUCCCCUGCCCUCUCCUCUUCUCCGCCCCCGUUUCUUCUCCUUACAUCGCGCCUCGCCUCGCUUCUCGUCCUAAUGUCUGCACACCCCUCUGGUGUCUGUCGACCCUCCCAAUCGCUUCUCCCGCAUUCAUCUCUCGCCUGAUCCCGGUUCUGUCCGCCCAUGCUCAUUUCUCUCCCCCAGCCGUGCCCAGGCGCGUUUCCAUUGCUCUCCCAUUGUCGCCCACCGCGCGUGGGGCGGCCAACUUGGGCCCACGCAGCUCAGCUCCCUCCGCCCUUCCUGCCUCCUGGAGCCUGUUGCUCCCCAUACUCUGCCGGCCUCCCCCCCCCCCCCCCCCCCCCACAGCCUCUCUACCCACCCAUCUCCACGCUUCUCACCCUCUGACCGGCUCUCUCCCGCCCAGCGCUCCAACCUCUGCUCUCGUUCUCCCCGCAGCCUGGCGGCCCGGUGCGACCCCUGCACGCCCCAUGCCGGCCCUCCUGCUCCUCGUACUCCUGGCCUCUAGCGCCGGCCAGGCCGGGGCGCGUCCGUCCAACGCCACGAGCGCCGAGUCCGCGGGCCCGCUGCCCGCCCUGCUGGCGCACCUGCGGCGCCUGACCGGGGCGCUGACGGGUGGCGGGGGCGCAGCAAGCCCGGGCGCCAACGGCACGAGGACCGGCCCCGCGAGCGGAGCGGGCGCGGCGGCCCGGGCGCCCCCUCCCGCCGAGCUCUGCCACGGCUACUACGAUGUCAUGGGCCAGUACGACGCCACCUUCAACUGCAGCACCGGCUCCUACCGCUUCUGCUGCGGCACCUGCCACUACCGCUUCUGCUGCGAGCACCGUCACAUGCGCCUGGCGCAGGCCUCCUGCUCCAACUACGACACGCCGCGCUGGGCCACUACGCCGCCGCCGCUGGCCGGGGGCGCCGGGGGCGCUGGGGGUGCGGGCGGGGGGCCAGGGCCCGGCCAGGCCGGGUGGUUGGAAGGGGGCCGGACGGGGGGUGCCGGGGGCCGCGGGGGCGAGGGCCCCGGUGGCAGCACAGCCUACGUCGUGUGCGGGGUCAUCAGCUUCGCCCUGGCCGUGGGUGUCGGCGCCAAAGUGGCCUUCAGCAAGGCGUCCCGUGCGCCCCGGGCGCACCGGGAGAUCAACGUGCCCAGAGCUCUGGUGGACAUUCUGAGACAUCAGGCGGGGCCUGGGACCCGCCCGGACCGGGCCCGAAGCAGCUCCCUGACCCCGGGGAUCGGCGGUCCCGACAGCAUGCCCCCCAGGACGCCCAAGAACCUCUACAACACCGUGAAGACCCCCAACCUUGAUAAUCUGCACCACAACUACCUGCACCUCAACGUCAACAGCCCCAAGCACCACGCCGCCACCCUGGGUACGGAUGAGGGGCUGGCUGCGGGAAAGAGCAGGGCUCCUUCCCUUCCCCCUUUGUGUUGGGCCAGCUAUGCCAGGUGCCUGGUAUAGAGCAGGAGCGAGACCACUGUGAGCUCAGUCCUCAUGGCACUCAUGGUCUGGCUAGGUCACCAAGUGAACCUGUCUCCUCGUGUGGACGUCGAAAGUGGUCAUCUAGGCCGGGCGCGGUGGCUCAAGCCUGUAAUCCCAGCACUUUGGGAGGCCGAGACGGGCGGAUCACGAGGUCAAGAGAUCGAGACCAU